CGUGAGCCAGAGGAAGGCAGAGGGACCGCGGAGCACACAGCACGCCCGUGCCGAGCCAGCGAGCGAGCGAGCGCCCGUGGAGCCCGCGUGGAGGGAGCCGCCGCAGAUUGACCUGCAAGAUGAACACCCUGCUGUCCCGGGCCAACUCGCUGUUCGCCUUCACGCUGAGCGUCAUGGCGGCGCUCACCUUGGGCUGCAUCCUCACCACCGCCUUCAAAGACAGGAGCGCGCCCGUGCGCCUGCAAGUCUCCAGGAUCCUGCUCAAGAAAGUGGAAGACUUCACUGGACCCAGAAAAAAGAGCGACCUGGGCUUCAUCACCUUCCACAUCUCUGCGGACCUGGAGAAGACUUUCGACUGGAACGUCAAGCAGCUCUUCCUUUAUCUGUCGGCAGAAUAUUCCACCAAAAGCAACGCUGUGAACCAGGUGGUCCUCUGGGACAAGAUCCUUCUGCGAGGCGAGAACCCCAAGCUCAACCUGAAAGACGUCAAAAGCAAGUAUUUUUUCUUUGACGAUGGACAUGGUCUCAAGGGAAACAGGAACGUCACUUUGACUCUCUCCUGGCAAGUUAUACCGAUUGCUGGGAUCCUGCCUCUUGUGACUGGAUCUGGACGCGUGUCUGUCCCAUUUCCAGAUUCCUAUGAAAUAGCCACGACUUUUUGAAGAAUUCUCUCUGCAUCGGAAAGGGGACAUCUGUGUACCUAAAGAAUCGUGUUUCUUUCAUUUUUUCCCUUAAGUCUUGCUGACUUCUCUUUUGUUUUGUUCUGGGACUGGCUGAACUCAUCCUCAUGCUUCAUGUGUCUAACAUAGAGACUGCAUUCAUUGAUCUUAGUGUCACAUUGGCUGUUACUCGUCUUUGUAUACGAAUUAACAUCAAAUUGUGUAGUUGGAGGGAAAGUCUAAUAGAGUUCUGGAACUUUAUUCUACAAACGAAACAAGAAAAGAAGUUCAGCAGAGUAGGUUAUUAGGCAGUUGGAUAAUGAGGAUUGAAAAUAAUACACAGUUUUUUCAUAUUCACUAUGUUAUUCCAUGUGAUAGAUAAAGUUUGUUUGGGGAGAAUUUAAAAAUUAGAUGUGUUGGUAUUGUCAUAAUUGUAUUCUAAUCCUGACAUUCCUUUUGAGUUCACAGAAUGCCAUUUUCUUAUAUCUUCUAGGGUGUGUUUGAUUACCAGAAAAAUUGUAUUUUGUUUCUUUAAAAUCUGACAAGCAAAAUAGUUAAACACGAGUCAGAAUGAGAAUUUACUCCCAUUUCAGAAGUCUUACUGCUUGCCUUUCUUGUCAGCAAAUGUGACCAUUUACAUAGUGAAUGUCUCUUGAGGCUGUAAAUGAUUAAACCUCACUUCAAGGCUCUUAAGUAAAUCAAAUGUGUGUCUUACAGUGGUUUCUCUACAAAGAUUGCUGUGCAGUGUAUCUUUGUUAAAUGUUCUAGCACUGUUACUGAAGUUUGAAAAUGUUUGCAUGCUUAAUAUAUGAGACGCGUAUGUUCUAGUAUGUUUAAUGCCGUUAAAUAAAUGCUAACUGCUUAAA